AGUAAUUUGCUGAGUCCUAAUUAUGUGUGGUAUCUUCGCGUAUUUGGGCGACAGACAGGCACUUCCUUGCCUAAUCACGGCUCUCAAGCGAUUGGAGUAUAGAGGUUAUGAUUCAGCCGGGAUUGGUAUUCAUAACGGUAAGCAUAUAAAGAUAUGUAAGAAGAUUGGAAAGGUGGUAAACCUUGAAACUGCUUGUGGUGGUGUCAACAACCCGGAGUAUGCCGGUACCAUGGGUAUUGCUCAUACUCGUUGGGCUACCCAUGGCGCUCCCACCGACGCCAACGCUCAUCCUCACUUUACUGAGGAUCAUAAGGUUGCUGUGGUCCAUAAUGGUAUCAUUGAGAACUACGCCAGUCUUCGUGAGGAGCUUAUCAAAAAAGGGUAUCAUUUCACCUCGGAGACCGACACUGAGCUUCUUGCUCACCUGGUUGCUGAUGUCCGUAAGCAGAUGGGCCCUGACCCUUCAUGGUCUGUUAUUGUCUCGUGUGCAUUAAGCAUUGUGACGGGUGCCUACGGCGUUGUCUUUAUAUUCGAAGACGAGCCUGGCCUCAUGGUCGGUGCUCGCAAGGGUUCCCCCCUUAUUUUAGGCGUUGGUGAAGGCGAAUUUAUGCUUGCUUCCGAUGGAUCAGCUGUAGUUGAGUACACAAAAGAUGUGGUUUUCAUCAGAGAUGGAGAGCUUGUCGAAGUGCGCAAGUCCGGUUAUCGCUUGAGGACAAUUGAAGGCAUCAGCGCCAGAGGGAUGUCUAUUGACGAGGACGUUACCAACCCCUUGGUUCAGCUGGAGGUGUCUCUCGAGCAAAUUGAGAAAGGUGGUUAUCCUCAUUUCAUGAUUAAGGAGAUCAUGGAUCAGCCUAACUGCAUCCGCAACACAUGCCGAGGGAGGCUGUAUCAACCAAUGCAAGAGCAAGAAGGCGAUAGCCCUCCAAAAUGGGAUAUUAAGUUGGGUGGUCUCAGCACUAAAGUUCAAGGGACAGAUAGAACUGCCUUAGAGACCAUCGCUAGUGCCGAUCGCAUCAUCAUCUGUGCCUGUGGUACUUCGUGGCACUCCGGCCUCAUUGGAGAGUAUCUUAUUGAACAGCUGGCUCGUAUUAACGUUGAAGUGGAGUAUGCUUCUGAGUUCCGCUAUCGCAACCCUCUUCUCACUUCAAAGGAUGUCGUUGUUGCUAUUUCCCAGUCUGGUGAAACUGCCGAUACGCUCGAGGCUAUCCGUAUUGCUAAGUCAAAUGGUGCACUAUCUAUCGGUAUUGUCAACUGUGUUGGCUCAACUAUAGCCCGUGAUACUGAUGCAGGCAUUUACCUCCAUGCUGGCCCCGAGAUCGGUGUCGCCUCCACCAAGGCUUUCACCUCCCAGGUUAUGGUACUGACUCUUUUAGCCUUGACCUUGGCACGUCAACGUUACACAAUCGAGGAGGAGUACUUCUACACGCUUUGUGAAGAACUUCAUAACUUCCCCCAGUAUAUCUCGACUGUUCUGAACACGGCGAGCCAGGUCAAGACUAUAUCUAAAUUCUUCCGCAUGGCUCAUAACUUCCUUUUCCUCGGCCGGGGAAUCCAUUUCCCUGUUGCCUUGGAAGGAGCCCUAAAGCUGAAGGAGAUUUCUUACAUUCAUGCUGAGGGUUAUCCUGCUGCUGAGAUGAAGCAUGGUCCCAUCGCUUUGAUUGACCGUAUGAUGCCCGUUGUCUGCAUUGCUCCCAAAAGUGAUCCGACGUAUGAUAAGGUCAAGGCCAAUAUCGAAGAGGUUAAGGCUCGUGAUGGAGAGCUCAUCAUAAUUACAGAGGAGGGUAACCAUGACUUGGAUAGAUUUGUCAGUGACGAAGAAUACAUCAUAAGGAUCCCCUCUGUGGACGUUAAUUUAGAACCUAUAAUCGCUGUUAUACCGCUGCAGCUUCUCUCAUACUACAUUGCAGAUCUCAGAGGUUGCUCUAUUGACCAGCCACGUAACUUGGCUAAAUCUGUUACAGUUGAGUAG